AUGCGCAACGUGAUUCUCACAACAGCCGCGGCGAGCAGCCUCGUCGCUCUGGCGUCAGCAGCGACGCUUCCCGCUCAAUCCCACUUCUCGCUCGCUCCUCCCGCGAAUCCGCUCGUCGACGGGACGUGUCUCUCGUGCUCCACGGCGCCUACAUGUCCGCUGGAUCCGUGCAGCACCAACACACCGGGUGGGCUGCUGCUCCUCACGCAGUUCUGGGACUUUUCGCCCGCCAUCGGGCCGUCGGACAGCUGGACGAUCCACGGCCUCUGGCCAGACACGUGCGACGGCGGCUACGACUCGGACUGCGACCCCUCGCGCAACAACAACAACAUCGCCGCCGUCCUGCGCACGUCGUCCAAACCCAAGGCUGCCUCCACGCUCGACAAGAUGAACCAGUUCUGGCUCGCUCUCAACGGCAACGACGGCCAGCUCUGGAGCCACGAAUUCAACAAGCACGGCACUUGUGUCUCGACGCUUGCCCCUUCAUGCUACAACGACGAGCUCACAGGCAAGGCGUACGAGAAGAACGAGGACAUCGUUGACUUCUUCACCACCACCGUCGACCUCUUUGAACAGUACAACGUCUUCGAAGCGCUCCAAGAGGCCGGCAUCACCCCCUCGACAACACAGAGGUACACGCUCGACCAGCUGAAAGCCGCAACCAGCCAAAAGUGGGGCAAGGAGGCCACGUUCAAGUGCAGGAACGGCGCUCUCAACGAGGCGUGGAUCUACUUCCACACCAGCGGACGCUCGACCAGUGCCGAAGCAUUCGUCCAAACCGACCCGCUGACGAGUAACAACAGAUGCCCCAGCUCCGGUAUCCGAUACGUCCCCAAGUAG